AUGAGUGUGGAAGCCAAGUACCGUGCCGCAUCCCUGUAUGUUGGUGACCUCCACGAAGAUGUCACUGAGGAUGUGUUGUUCAGGAAGUUCAACACAGUGGGACCCGUGUUGUCCAUCCGCAUCUGCAGGGACCUGGUGUCCCGUCGUUCCCUAGGCUAUGCCUAUGUCAAUUUUCUCCAGCUGGAUGAUGCCCAGAAAGCCCUAGACACCAUGAACUUUGAUUUGGUCCAAGGCAAAUCCAUACGUCUCAUGUGGUCUCAACGGGAUGCAUACCUGAGAAAAUCAGGAAUCGGGAAUGUGUUUAUUAAGAAUCUGGACAAAUCCAUUGAUAACAAAACCUUAUAUGAACACUUCUCACCGUUUGGAAAGAUCCUGUCCUCCAAGGUGAUGAGCGAUGAAGAAGGUUCCAGGGGCUAUGGCUUUGUGCACUACCAGGACCAAAGUGCAGCAGACAAAGCCAUUGAGGAGAUGAAUGGGAAGCUGCUGAGGGACUGCUCAGUGUUUGUGGCCAGAUUCAAAAGCCGCAAGGAUCGCGAGGCUGAACUCAGAAGCAAAACCAGCGAAUUCACUAAUGUGUACAUCAAAAACUUUGGCGAUGAUAUGGACGAUGAGCGGCUUAAGGAAGUGUUCAGCAAAUACGGCCAAACUUUGAGCGUUAAGGUGAUGAAGGAUGCCGACGGAAAGUCCAAAGGCUUCGGGUUUGUGAGUUUCUAUAGUCACGAAGCUGCCAAAAAUGCAGUUGAAGAAAUGAAUGGACAGGAUAUAAACGGGCAGACCAUUUUUGUAGGCAGAGCUCAGAGGAAAGUAGAACGCCAGGCUGAGUUAAAGGAAAAGUUUGAAGAGAUGAAAAAGGAAAGAAUCCGCGCACGCCAAGCGGCGAAGCUCUACAUUAAGAACCUGGAUGACACCAUCGAUGAUGAAACACUGCGCAAGGAAUUUUCGUCCUUUGGGUCCAUUUGCAGAGUUAAGGUGAUGCAGGAAGCAGGGCAGAGCAAAGGGUUUGGCUUGAUCUGCUUUUUUUCUCCCGAGGCAGCCGCUAAAGCAAUGACUGAGAUGAAUGGCCGUGUCCUGGGCUCCAAACCCCUCAACAUUGCCCUGGGUCAGAAGCACUGA